AUGGGCAAAGGGAAUGUGGGCCAGCGCUUAGCCCUCAGGAAUUUUGCGACUAAAAUUGAAGGCUACGUGUGCAAGUGGCGGGGUUUUCUCCUCCUUGCCUGGAUGUCGUCGCGGCCGCACGCCGCCUUGGGCGGCGCGCUCGACGACGCGAUACGCAAGGGCACCUGGACGGAGUUGCCUUUCUACCGGCUGGAAACAUCGCAAGGAGUGCUCACUGAGGACUCCUUGUCGAAUUUCACCUGCAUCGCGGUCACUGGCGGAGACGUCAGUUUCUCUUGGUUCCUCGACAGACAGCCGGUCGAUGAGGCAUUCACGAGCGAACCUCUCCGUGUCCCAAUCCUUUUCAUGGGCGUCGACUUGCACGUGAGCUUCGUCAGCCUGAACGGGUCCCUGCUUUCGCCAGGCGAGCGCACCAACGUCACGUGCCGCGUCCAGCUUCUGCGUCGCGUUCCCGCCGCUUUCCACCUGUCCACCAGCGUUCGGGCUGGCGUCGAGCGGAUGCACAGCGGCUUCGGCGACCAGUGCCGGGCUCCCAGCCAGUCCUCGGUACGCGUCGCCGCCAGGGCCUGCGUUGGCGAAGCCACCGUGUGCAACUCGCGGCCCGCUGGGGACGGCCUGUGCGUGUGCGACCCGCACCGGGCGGUGCGCCAUGACGAGCUGCGCGCCUGCGUGCUGCUGAAGAAGCUGGGAGAGUCGUGCCUCGUCGACGAGCACUGCGACGCGCGCAACCAGCGCUGCCACCAUAACCACUGCGUCUGCCAGGAGUCGUACGAGCACCGCGAGCACACAUGCACCCAGAAUGCCUCUCUGAACGGCAUCUGCGACGCCUUCCGACUAUGCCCAGAGCGAACCGCCUGCACGGACAACCUGUGCAAGUGCGCCAAGGGCUAUUACAACUGGGGAGGCAAGUGCCAAAAACGCCUGCUGUCCGAGAGCCAGGGCAAAGCGGCUGUCGUGGGCAUUCUGGUGGUGUCCACUUUCCUAGUGGUGUUGGCCCUGGCAAUACUGGCACUGUACUUCUACCGCCAUUCGUACCGGCCCUCGCUCAUGGUCGAACGCACGAACAGCUCGUGGGAUUUUUUUCCCACCGCCACGACCAUCAAGAAAGACUCGCUCUGAUAACAAACUCCCGUGACAACAGUGUUCUUGACACAGAACUUCGUAUUUGAUUUGUUACUUCCAGUGUGCCAAAGCAUU